AUGUCGAGAGCAGCAGCAGCUAGGGGCAAUCAAAAUCCACCCCAGGCUCCAGCUAAAGGAGUGGCCAUGCUAGUUAACCCAGCUAGAUUGACUGAUGCUGAGGUGAGGGCAUCUCUAGCCCACAUGGCACAGGCCAUCACGAUGCAGGCUCAGGCUAUGACUGCCCAAGUGAACCGACAGAAUGUUCAGAGGGAGAACCCACCGGUUCGCAGCAUGGCUGACAGACUGCGAGAUUUCAGGAGUAUGAAUCCUCCUUUGUUCCGAGGGGCUAAGACUUUAAAGGAUCCUCAAGAGUUUAUAGACGAGGUGCAUAAGAUCCUGGUGGCCAUGGGGGCCACUGAUAUUGAGAAGGCUGAGCAAGAGGAGGAAAGCAGAAAGAGGAAACACACUAGGGUAGGGAACAAGGCAAGGCAAGUUGAUGAGAAUUUUUCAAGGAAGAGUAGUACUAAAAUCAGGGAUAAUCCCAAGUUUAAGAAGGAACUCUCCCACCAAGGGGAUUCAAGUUCAUUCAAGGGUCUCCAUGAUAGGAAUUCUGAGUCCAGAGUUAAGAGAAACAAUGAAUUAGAUACACCUCAAAAGAGACAACCUUGCAAUAAGUAUGGCAAAUUACAUGGAGGAGAGUGUAUGAGGGGCACUAAUGCUUGUUAUAGGUUUGUCAAAUGGUGA